AAAAGAAAGAAAAAGGGCGAAAAUCAGUCGCACAUAGCGAAUUUUCUACUUUCUAGGGUUAGGGUUUUUAAUUACAUGAUAUUUGGGGGAUUCUUUCUUUUAGAUUCGGUAAUAUUACAGUUUUUCUCUCUGCGUUUGUUGUUAUUUCUAUAAGAAAGAGAGUGCUCAGCGAAUUUACUUUUCUUUUGGGAUUUGUGUCGGUGGUCAUUGGAUUUUGCCCCUUUUGAUUGAUCCUUUUUUAUUUCUGGGCUUUAGCGCCCUCUGGCCGUUCAAAUCCAUGAUCAUCAGCAUCCCAUGGACCCCUCUCCAGUUCAAACCACUCCUUCCCUGGAAGAAGAAGAAGAUGAGUGGGACAAUGAUGGGUUUGUGAUUCCAAGCUUGGGAAUAGGAGAUUCAGAUCAAACCAAUCCUGGUGCUCCAACAGUAGAAGCCUCAAAACCGCCCUCUUCAAAGGCCAAAAUAGACGAGAACAUCUACCUUGGACCACACGGAGCCCCCCCAUCUCAAUCAAAGCAGCAAGAAGCAACUUCUUCUACUCGUAAGCAGCGGUUCAAGCAAAAGCUGAAGGAGGCAGAUCGAAAGAUCAGUGGGACAGGCCGAGAGAAUAAGUUGGAGAAUUUGAGAGAACUUGUGGGUGUUGGGAAAGCUGGCAGCAACAUGGCAAAGACCAGUACGAGGGAGUGGCUUGAUCCACAUUGCCAUGAGUCCCAAUUCGACAAGUGGCAUCCCCAGUGAGUGGAGCAUCUAUAUCCAAUUUCAUGAGGAGGUCUAACGUUCUCAGAAACAUUUAUCUUGGCUGUGUAUCUGGACAAUAAAUAUUCUGUUGGACCUUUUGCUAUAAUUUGUUGCAGAAGUUAUGAAAAAAGAAUUGGGGUCUUCUAAUCCUUUUAUUCCGUUUCUUUA